CUAGACAUGGGUACCAUUACAAUCGUCAGCUUUGCUUUAUUUUUUGUGAGUUGUAUAGCCUUGGAACCCCCAUCAGAAGAUGAUUUGGCUGGUAUACAGGUACCACCACUCCAAAACGAGCCGAAAUUUUACACCAGAGCAUCUUUUAAGCAUAAAUAUGUGAAUAACGCUGGGGUAAUACGUGAUACCAAAUCAACAGGAUACUGGGUGACUAUAUCAGCUACUACCAACUGUCAGGCUACAGCACUAGAAAAGGCAGCUUUGAUUGUAAGCAGAAUGGUAAAACAUAUGCCAGCAGAUGUGUUUAAUGGUUUGUCCAAGUCUCAUGGUGUUGGUAUUUUCUCUGCUAAGGAAGGACUGACCGUUUACCCUGAAUUUUCAAAUCUUAGAGAUACAGCCGAUUGUCAUCAUAAAUGCAGCGGAAGUUGUGCUCAUACUUGUACGUUUGAUGGUAGAAAAUACGAGACACUGGGCGGUCUGACAUCUUCUAUAUCCUGCGUGGUGGACGAUAAUGUUAUAUGUGAUUCGGCUGAUAAAAACCACCAUCAUCAAAAUACACUGGUUCAUGAAUUUGGCCACCUUGUUAUGCAUUAUAUGCCUUCUCAUCUACGAUCACAGAUUGUAGCAGCCUACAACCAUGCUAAACAAAGUAACCUGUGGAACAACCAUCAAUACGCUAUGGCGACUAAUGGAGAAUAUUGGGCUGAGGCAACUGCUGCAUUCUUUAUGUCUACUGUUAGGACUGAUGUUACCGGUGGAAUGAACUUAUGUGGAGGUCAUCAUGCAUGUUCUAGUGAUCUGCUGUCUCGACAUUAUCUAGGUAAACAUGAUCCUACCCUAUAUAAAAUACUGGAGUAUGUUUACACUGAUAACAAACCAGAUAUACCUGGUGAUCUUAAACCUUGUGUUUAAUAGAAAAUAAUACAUCUAUGUC